AUGGCGGUGCGCGAGCUCUGUCUCGCCAUGGUGCCAAUGACUAAACCCACCAGCACGGGGCGCGCCGCCUAUGCCGGUGAGGAAGGCAAGGAGGCAGGCGAGCGCGAAGCCGAGCCGUUGGGAAGGAGAGGAAUGCAAGGAGGAGGAAUGCGAGCGCUGCAUGACGACCACCACCACCGUGUGCGCCAGAGCCACCAUUGCCUUUAUUACACUCAUUUAGCAUAUGAGAUAAUUGUUCCAAAUCAGGAAUCAGUGGGAUUUGUUAAAUUUCUGAGAUGGCAGAAUGUCGGAUACAAGACUGGAAGCGCACUUCAGCUCCAGAAUCAGUUUCUAGACAUGAAGCAUCAAUACCAAGAACAAGGCAAAGCUCAGCGGGAGCUCUCACCUCAAACAAAAAACCAAGCGAAAAAUCUUUGGACCAAACCUCCAAGACGUGAUGCUUGUCCUGUUGAAUUAAAAUUUUGGGGCACCGAUGCUCGGCAUGAUCUCCUUUCUUGGGCUGAAUCAGAGUUCUUGCGUUGGUGGAUUCCCAAAUAUUGCCCUCUUCUGCCUUCUUCGAAGGCAACUAUUGCAGCUGCAUUUAGUCCAGAUGGGAGAGUACUUGCAUCCACACAUGGUGACCAUACUGUCAAAAUAAUUGAUUGCCAAACUGGGAAAUGCUUGAAUGUACUGUUUGGACAUCAGCGCACUCCAUGGGUGGUUAGAUUCCAUCCUCAGCGUUCUGAUAUUCUUGCUAGUGGAAGUUUGGAUUGUGAAGUUCGUCUCUGGGAUGCUAAAACAUCUCGCUGCACUGCAGUACUGCCCUUCUAUAGGCCAAUUGCAUCAAUUGCAUUUCAUGCAACAGGGGAGCUUCUGGCAGUUGCAUCAGGUCACAAAUUGUUUAUAUGGGACUGUAAUAACCGAUUUGAAACUUUGGAACCUCCAAUCAUACUAAAAACCCGCCGUUCACUGAGAGCUGUGCAGUUUCACCCCCAUGGUGCGCCAUAUCUACUUACAGCAGAGGUUCACAACCUUGAUUCUGAAGAUUCAACGAUGACCCCUGCACUUCUGAGCAAUUAUUCCUUCAGAGACACACCUCUCCUUGGUGGUUCUGGGGUAGAUAACUUGAUUAGUGAACUGUCGUACAUGCAUAAUUUUGAGCAGGUUGAUGCUUCAUCAUCAGUUCCAGUCACUACUGGCAGUUUCGAUGGGUCAAGGCUACAUGAUACCGCAGGCCAUCAUCUGAUGACCUCAGUACCUGGUAUUGGGAGUUCCCUUCUGGGUACUCAUACUGCUGAAGCUGAAGCUCCUGCUAUCUCAUUAAGUGUUGGGGGAGAACAAACUACGUCUCUGCUUGGUGGUGGCACCGAAUUACCUUGUACGGUGAAGCUAAGAAUAUGGCGUCACAACAUGAAGAAUCCAUUUAUCGCAUUAGGGCCUGAGGCAUGCCUCUUGACAAUUCCUCAUGCUGUACUUUGCAGGUGCCCAAUGUUCCUUCUUUUCCCCUAA